UAUUAUUUUACAAGUUAAGAACUAAAGUCUCAUAGUAUGGUUUAUAGAAAUAAUAAUAACAUGCUAAUUUUAAUAUACUAUUAUAUUUGGUUUUCCUUAUGUAUUUCGAACGCCUGGAGUGAAAUCACAAUUCAUACUAAUAACAGCACGACUUAUAAAGAUUAUGACGUUACUACGAUUUAUAGAAUGACGAAUGAGUUUAAAGAAACAAAUGAGAAUGUCGGAUUCAAGGACCCGAAUUUUUAUGUGAACUAUCCAAAAAAUAGUUACUCAAUUGAAAUUCAUUCAAGAACAAAUGCCAUUGGACUACCAAUUUUUGAAGAAGUAGAGUUUUCACAAAGAAAACAUCCACAUCCAUGUCAGUCAAUUUUACAAAUUAGUAAAUUAGUGUUCUUAAAAAAUGGAUUAUUUGAGAAUAAUAGUCAUAUUAAAGUUAAUUAUUUACCUAAAAUUUGGGAAAUCAAAUCUAUUUCAUUAAUUGGGAAAAACUGCAGUAAUAUUGAAGACGAAUACAAAGAUCACUGUAUAAAUGUUUUGGAAUACAAAUAUGAAAUGGAUAAAGUAUAUAUUAACAAAGAUUUUACGACAAUACUUUCGGUACUUUGGACAGCAGAUAAAGCCCGUUCGGGAUUAUCAAUCACAUAUACACACACAAUGUUGUCCAAAAUAGAUGUCUACAUAAAUAUAUUCAAUGCAAAUAAUACGUUAAUACAUUUUGCCAAAUUAUAUAAAAUUAAUGAUAUAAGAACAAUGAAAUUUAAUGAUAUUCGCUUCAUACAAAAUCAAGAAUAUAAAUUGUCAUUUGAAAUUAAAGUAAAUAAUGAUUAUUACCACAGAGGACGGUAUAAUCAUGAGUAUAGUGGACUUUGGUUUGGACUUAUACGAAUUGCUGAAUCAUCAAAUUACGAUGAAGAAGAUGUUCGAAUUGUUUAUGAUUUCGAAGGCGAAACAAGGUCAUUCGACGUACUCGGAAACAAUAAUAUUGACAAUAUAACCAAGGGUAUGUAUCAGAAAUUGGAAUGUUUAAACGGUGGAUACAAAUUACCUACGAUGAAUAAUUGUACCUGUCCUCCUGGAUUUAUUGGAAUACUAUGCGAAACAGCAUGUGGCCCAAAUUCAUACGGACUCGAUUGCAAAGGCGUUUGUUCUAUGCAUGAUCAUGAAAUGUGCCGUGGUAUGUACAUGUGUACGAAAUUUGGAUGUACUUGUCCACCAGGUUUGACUGGUCCGCUGUGUAAUAUAGAUUGCCCAAGAGGUAGAUUUGGUGCUGGUUGCAGUCAAUUUUGUUCGCCGAAUUGUAACGACAAUAUGUGUGAUCAAUACACGGGCGUCUGUACAAAUGGGUGUUCACCGGAAUAUGUCCUACCAUAUUGUUUACAAAAAUAUCCAUACCUCUUGAAUCCACCUAAACUGGUAUCAAACAAGUUUAAUUCAUUAGAAAUAAUAUGUGAUUUUCAAUCUUCUAAUGUAAUGGACGAAGUUAAAAAUAUCAAGUUGAAAUACUAUCAAAUGCUUUAUAAGAAGUUAGAUGAAAAUAAAUUUAACAACUCUCAAAUCAAACCCAUUAUUGAAAAUAGUAAUAACACCUAUGAAAUCUUAAGUGAUUUAGAAGUGGAUACUGUAUAUUUAGUCGGUAUUCUGUUAAUAACAGAUGAUGGUAAUUUUAAUGAUCAAGAUAUAGUAUAUGGUCAAUUCAAGACGUCGUGCAUAACACCAAAAAUUGACGAUUUUAAUGUAACACUUGUAAGUGGAAUUAAAAGCAUCAACAUAACAUGGAACAAAAUCAAUACUUCUAUUAACCGAUUUCAAUGCAAUAUUUUUGAAUAUUUAUUGAUGUUGUCGUACAAUCAGACACAAAACCAAUUAUCUGGUGUACAGAAAAUAGUAUCAAAUUCAAGUAAUGGUCACAAUAUCAUCGACCUUAUACCAGAUUAUCAAUAUAACAUACAACUAUUUCUAAAUACAACUCAAGGACUAUUUCCGUCUCCUAUUUAUUCGGCCAUUCCACUUGCAGGAAAUGAAAUCAAAGUUAAAGAUAUUAUCACAGUGUACGAGAAUGGAAAAAUCAAAGUAUUCUGGAAAUUAGGAUAUAAAUAUGAGCGUUAUAAUGUCAUGGCACAACCAGUAGUAAAUGAACCAGUCACAUGCAUUUUAAGAUACAAAAUCAACCGAAUACUCAGUUGUAAUUUACAAGAUUUAGAAAACCAUUGGACGUCAGUCACAAUUUCCAAUAAAACUAACUACGAAAUAUUAGACGUGUUGCCUAAUUCGCAAUACUUUGUACAAGUUUAUAUCGCUGAAGAUAGUUCCGAUCAAAGAAAACAAAUGAAGUACAUAUUGACGCCGACAUCAAAGCCAAACAUAGCCCCGGAUCUUGAUCUUGAGAACCCAAUGUACAUAACAAAUAGUUCUAUAUUCGUUCAAUGGAAAUUCGAUUCUAUUAACUGUUCUAAACUGAAUGGAUUAUUUUUGACAUAUUUCGUGGAAUUAAAGGAAAAGAGGAAUAACUAUUUACAAGUAAAAGAAACGACACAAAAUAAUAUUUUGUUUGAAAACCUCAAAUCAAAUGCACAGUAUGAAUUGAAAGUAUUUAUAAAAACACACAUUGGAUAUAGUGUGGAACAUUUUUUAUCGAUCAAUUUCACGACUAAAUCUGAAAUUUUAAGACCAGUGGACAAUUUUACGAUGUACAAAUACGAUUUGAAAAAUAAAGUGAUUGGACUUCGUUGGUAUUAUCCAGACAAUUUAGAUUUAGAGGCAUUUAUAGUUUCAUUUAAUGGCUCACUUGAUAGCUCUAUAGACGGAGAAAAUGAAACUAUUAUUCCACCAAUUAAGUGUUCGGCUUGGCCAGAAUAUUUCUGUUAUACAUUUAAUGUGUUUAAUGGCAGUAACAAUUAUUAUACAUUUGAAAUUCAGGCCAAGACAUCAUAUUAUCCACAAGGUGGUUUAUCUUUGUCAAGAACAUUCACAACCAUUGAGUGGUUACCCGAUCCUCCAAGAAAUGUGAAAAUUAUCGAAAUGGGAAUGACAUACAUUAAACUUCAGUGGGAUAUUCCAUGGAUAUUCAACGGUGCAUUGAAAAUGUUUGCAAUUAAUAUAGAUGAAAUAUCAAACGUUGAUAGGAACAAGUGUUGUGCUUACUCAGAUCCAAUACAAAUUCCAUUCAACGAAGAAGUGCCUUCUUAUAACUAUACGUUAACUGGCCUACGAUCAAACUCAACUUAUUCAAUUGGUGUGAUAUCUGUAACAACAUUGUCGUGGUAUAGUUCUCCAGCAAAAAUUCAUAAUGUUACAACAAUGUUAGAUGAAACAUACCUAUAAUUUAAUAUUACAUAAUAUAUAUCGUUAUUCUAGUUAUUUUAAUAUUUUUCCAAGAAUUUUUAAAGCAUGCUUAAUUUAUGUAUAACGUAUUAAAUAAAGCACUAAAAAGUAAACAGUAGGUACGUCAUACUGUUUACUUAAUAUUACUUAAUAAUGUGUGAACUAACUACUUAUUGUUAACUAAUAAUAUAUUUAUUUUCAAAAAUUAUCAUAUAUAUUAUAAUUAUUAUUAUAUUUUAUAAAAUGUACGUAUCUGUAUGGUUGUGUAACAAAUAAAUAAAUUACAAUACG